AAAUUGGUAGCUGUAAACACUAAUGAAAACAGAAAAGUACAUAUGUCGGUUUGGUUCCUACCUUUGUGCUAAAUAUAUAAGGAGUAGUUAACAUUUAUAAUCAUCAGACAACGUGGCACAUGUUGGUUUUGGUUCCUAUGUGGUUCCUAAACAUAUUUAUGCGUGUGGGAAUGGGUAAAUGUCAGGAAAUCACUUAUAAUACGUCGUAGAAAUGUGUUUUAUAAAGUUCAGUCCAUUCACUUUUAUUGUAUCACGGUGCAGAACGCCACUUCCAAUAUGGCGCCUACGUUGACGUGUCGUAGCAGCGGACCAACCCGCUCAACGCGGCGUCUAUGUAUAUUAUGUCUAUGCUCUUGACUAUGGCAGCAAGCAACCGAAAACUACAAUACUCGGAAACCGGAAGUCAUUGGACUACAGUCGCGCGCAGAGCCUGUUAUUAACUGCAGUAGUGACUUUGUUUAUUUUAUUUUGAAGCCCAUGACCCAUUUUAUUUCCUGUUUUAUUGCGUGUGCUUGACGGCUAAGUUAUAACAAUUCGGAAUUGCACCCAGCCCCUCUUUAUUAGCUGGAAAAUGAUGGAAUCGAGGCUUUUUGAGAAAAUGCUUCCGUUUUCAAGUAUUUGACACAGCAUUUACACGGACGAAAUAACACAGAGAGCCAAAACGGAGAUUAGUAAGAACACACGUGGUCUUAAUAAUUUUGUAAAACAUUUAUUUUAACAGACCACAGUGGCAGAACGCUGAUAUGAAUGCAAUGAGACUUCAUUUGGGAUGGUCACGUGAUUUUCGGCGUGGCGAAACUCUUCUGCAUUUAAAGGUCGGUACAGUGUCGAGUCGUGUGUUUCGUGCGUAACAUUACUAGAAAUUACACCAUAUCACUACGAUGACAGAGGUGACCAAAGUAUAUCGCCUUUAAAACACCGCAAAGAUGGAGAACAACCUGUUGUCGGAGGAUGAUGCCUUGUUGCCGUCAGAAAAGGAAUUCCAUGAUGCUGCCAAGAGGAAUGACACAGGGACAAUGCAGGAACUGAUCAAGAAGGGUGUGGACAUUAAGGCCAAAAAUAAGGUAGAGCGGAAAGCACUGCACUGGGCAGCCGGAGCUGGAAACGAACAGGCUCUCCAUCUCCUGCUGGAACAUGACACUGACCUUGAUGAGAGGGACUCUUUUGGCAUGAAUGCUCUGCUUCUUGCAUCCUGGUUCGGUCACCGAAAGGUCCUGCAGAUCCUGGUGUCCUGUGGUGCAAACUUCAACUGUGAAAAUGAAGAUGGUCUGACUAUGCUGCACUGCGCCGCUCAGCGAGGCCACAUCAAAGUAUUGGAGUUUGUCAUGGAGGAACUGGAAGACAUCUGUCUAGACAGCGUUGACAAGUCAGGAAAGACUGCUCUUCACCUGGCUGCUGAACAUGGGCACCUUGGAGUGGUGGAGUUUCUGAUUGGAAUGGGUUGCACACAUGGAUUGAAGGACAAGGAUGGUCUCACAGCACUGCACCUGGCAGCUGAUGGAGGUCACUAUGAAUGUGUCAGACUGCUGCUGGAGUCCGGCUGUAAUGUCAAUGCACGCACGAAUAAGAAUAUGAAUGCUCUCCAUUAUGUGGCCCGGCGUGGCUUUGGCAGAGAGGCCAGCUUACUUCUGGAAGCAGGAGUCAACAUCAAUGCUGUUGACAAUCAACACAAAACGCCACUCAAUACUGCUGCGUUCAACAAUCACACUGAGGUUGUACGGCUGCUUAUAGAUGCUGACUGUGACCUGGACAUCGCUGACAGUAGACAGCAGACUGCUUUGCACAUAGCAGCAGAGCAUGGCUGGCAAGAGCUGGCUGAGAUGAUGCUAGUUGCUGGUGUUAACCUCAGUGUGACUGACAAGCAGGGGAAAACAUGUCUGGAGGUGGCAGCCAGAGGAAACCAUGUCAUCCUGGUCGACAUGAUCAUCAAAGCUGACCGUUUCAAUAGAUGGGAGAAGGAACACAUGGGCAGUGAGCAGGACUCCUGGGUGGGGAGGCAUCUGAGCUUCAAGCAGGACCACCAGCCAGAGACGCGGCACCUCCGCUUGGUCCUGUGGAACCUGGCCACCAAACACCUCUGCCGCGGGGAAUGGAGGAGUCUGGCACAACACUGGGACUUUGGCGAUGCACACAUACGAGCUAUAGAACAACAGUGGACAGGUAUGAAGAGCUUCAAAGAGCAUGGUCACCGCAUGCUGUUAAUCUGGCUUCAUGGAGUCCUGGUGGCACGGGAGAACCCGAUCAAAGGUCUCUAUGAGGGGCUGGUGGAGAUCUCACGUGCAGACUUGGCUGAGUGCAUCCGGCAGAAGGCCAACGCAGAGACGAGCUCUCCCAAACUGUGCUCUGCGAUGUGAUCGACACUGACCAACUGAAAGCAACAUGACAAAUCCAAGGUUUCUCUUCACAUCAGAAGAAAACUUUGUAUUGUCUGUGGAAUGACCUGAUUACAUAUUCACACUGAAGCUGCUGUGGUUAGUCUGAAUUUGGCUCACAGAGCACAUAUUCUGUUUUCUGGAUUUGGUACAGAUGAUGUUGUAAACCCGUAAAAUACCUGAAAAUGUAAAAGAGCAGUUUGUGAAUGUAUGCAGUGAAUGCCAGCUGUUCAUACUGUACUGUCUCUUUGUAUACAAAGGGCUCUCAAGACAACAUCUCAGCGUAUUAUGACUAUUGAUCAUUGUGUGCCCCCUGCCAUGCCUGGAGUAAUGUAAAUGACGGUAGGUGAGCAUUAGUGAUAUGAACGUGAUGCGAGCAGCAACAGGGAGCCAGUGGAGUGACAUGAGCGGUCUUGUCACAUGGGGAAAGAGGUUUCCAGGCUCUGUACACAGCCCUCAGACACAUGGCACCGGACCUUUCUGAUGUUACAUCAUGUAACAAGUGCUUCAUAUUGAUUCAGUAUUUUCGUGAAGCACUGGGGCUUUUCUGCUAAUUCACCUUUUUCAUGGCAGAUGGUUUGAGUUGUCUUAGCAAGAAAAGCACAGGUGGAACACAUUUUUCAUCAGUGAUUUUGUCCAGUAAGGCUUAACAGUGAACCAGCAUGCAAAACAGCAGGAGCCUCCAGCUAUCACACUGAACUGAAAUGUAGUUUGUCUUAAACGAUUUCUCUUUUGUGGCAUUCUCUCCUCUGCCUCGGAAAGACGCUCUGAGGGGGACAGGUGAGGCUGGUGUAGUGCCAGCUGGCAGAGAUGAGGAGCAACAUGUUUUUGUUCAUUCCAGUAUGGACAGGGAGCUUAUAACUGUAGGAGGUUUGUUUCAGUGAGGUUAUUUGUGCUCUCUCUGCUUUAGUCCACUGUGGGAAAAUAGUAAUAAAAUAACUGACUUAACUGCCUCGGUGGCCCUUUACUGACUAAAGAAACAAAACGUUUGAAGCCUGGGUUCAGCAUGAUAGCUAUGGCCACUCGUAGUCGAGGCUGGUGAAAUCUGCAGCAGCUGGACUGACGCGUCUGUGCUGGUUUCCUGCUUCACAUUGGAUCGCAUGUUUGUAACAUUUUCAUGAUUGAAAGCAGCCUCACACUAAAGAUCUAAAAGCUGCAUAAAGUGCUGCAGUCAUGUCUAUUGCUCAAUGGGUUUGACCCUCUCAUGCUAUAGGAAGUCUUUUAAUUCAGUGUUCACAUGAAAAGUUGUGUCAUAGGCAUUCACAAUAAAAAAAAAAAUCAUGGCAGCUGAUUCAGCUUGAUAAAUCUAUACUGGUUAGGCUGUUAGGAAAAACCUGUGUUUAUUCUCUCUUUAUAGUUUCCUUUUAUUGUCGCGUGUAUUUCACCUGCUGCUGGCCUUUGCUGCAUGGUUGAAAAGAUUAAUUUCUCGUUCCCUUCUACAGUGAGUGAAUGUUUAAAGGAGGACCAGAACCAUUUCAGUCACUUUACUUUGAUGAGCUCAGAUGAAAUUAAGAGCAAUAUAGACAGAUGAACAUAUAUGAAACAUAAACUGCAGGUGGCACUCAGUGGCUAAAACAACUGUUGUAUGCUUCAUACUUUAUGUGGCAACUCCAACUCAGACUGUGUGGUUCCAUGGUAAGUUACAAAACAACUUCAAUGGACAGAAAGUCAAGAGGUUAUGUCUAAAAUUCUCCUGUCCCUGAUGUGGAGGUGUAAGCCUCAUGCUACAUUUCCUGGGAUAGAGACCCAUGCAACAGUCAGACAUCCUGUGAUGCAAUUGUGAAGAUUCUUCUGAUGUAUCAAUCAGUGUAAAUAAACCAAAAUAAAAUAAUUUAAGAAGUGAUUGAGAUGGUGAGUUAAAAAUAGCCAGCUAUAGUGCUGUGUUUCUGAGUUUCACUUACUGCAGCUGUGUUGUGAUUAAUUUGAGAACCGGUUCAAAUUUGAAAGAACUGGGAGGAUGAAGCCAAAUUCAUACAUAUCUUGAUCAUUUUACUCUGAUUCGUGAGCCUGCAGUGACUUUUAGACCUCUGCAUGGUCAGGGCUGAAGUCUUCUGCCCUGGGCUUGUUGGGUGGUACCUGGCUUAAAACGCAGGGAUACUAUGGCCUACCUCCAACCUAUGGAGCCCAAAAGUGAUUAUGAAAUAAAAUAUUUAUUUAUGUAUUAUUGAUGCACUUUUUGGUUCCAUAAUAAACACUGGAACAUUAAGAAUGCAUUCAAGUUGAACUCGGAAGUGUAAAUUUUCCAGUCGGAAAUUUGAUUUGAUUUGAUUUAUUCUUUCAAGCAUGUAAAAACAGUUGAUAUGACAACACACAUAAUUUU